AUGGAAUUAAGAAGUGUGUUUGAAAAAGUAGAUACUAACCGUUCGGGAAGAAUUACCCAGACGGAAUUGUCCUAUGCUUUGUUAAACUUUGACAGAACAAAGUUUCAAGACUCGACCCUCAGAUUAAUGAUGAAUUUGUUUGGAGGUGUCAAGGGAGAAUACACCAACACCUCACUCACAUUUGAUCAAUUUGUAUCAUUGUGGAAGUAUUUGUCGGCCUAUAAAAAGUUGUUUGUACAAGCUGAUGCCGAUCAAUCGGGCGAUAUAUCGUUUGGAGAAUUCCAAAAGAUUCUUGAACAGAUUGGGUAUAAAUUAGACAUUGACUUGGUGUUGCAUUUAUUCCUGAGAUAUUGUACAAACACAGGCCGAUCCAGCGGUGGUAGUGGCGAAGGAAGGGGUAUAGGAAGAUUAAAAUUUGAUUCGUUUAUUGAAUUGUUGGUUUAUUUGAGAAAAUUAACCGAUGUGUUCAAGAAAUACGACAAGGACCUUUCUGGAACCGCCACCAUUGGAUUCUCUGACUUUUUAUUUGAAGUUAGCAACUUAACGUGA